AAGUAGUCACAAACCAGAACACCAAAGAGGGGUAGAACAUAGAUAAACGUUGAGAGAGAGAUAGGAGGGGGGGGGUGAGUUAUUCGAUCAAAAUCAAAUCAAAUCAGAAUCCCGGUUAGGAGGGGUGUGUUCUGUUGAACAAGCCAACCCCGUUUUGAAAAAUAAGAAACAUCAAAGAUCAGGCGGGGUUUUCUUGGUUUGAUUCGUAUAUGGUUUUAAACCAUCUCCCCUUUUGAAGAACAACGUUUUGUUUUGGCUCAAUGGAGUGUGAGAAGAAAUAUAUUACCGCUGAAGAGCUGAAAGAACACAACAAGCCUGGAGAUUUGUGGAUCUCUAUCCAGGGUAAAGUUUACAAUGUUUCAGGUUGGGCUAAGGAGCAUCCUGGUGGGGAAAUCCCGCUCUUGAAUUUGGCUGGCCAAGAUGUUACUGAUGCGUUUAUUGCGUAUCACCCGGGAACUGCCUGGAAAUAUCUUGACAAGUUAUUCACGGGGUAUUAUCUCAAAGAUUUCAAGGUCUCGGAGGUAUCCAAGGAUUAUAGAAGGCUUGUCUCGGAGUUUGCCAAAACUGGUAUGUUUGAAAAGAAAGGUCAUGUGGCCCUUUUCUCGUUAACGUCUGUAGCUCUAAUGUUUCUCGUUGUUCUUUAUGGUGUUUUGAGAUGCGAAAGUGUAUGGGCUCAUCUGGGUUCAGCCAUGUUGUUGGGUUUGCUUUGGAUGCAAAGCGCCUAUGUUGGUCAUGAUUCUGGUCAUUACCAGGUAAUGGCUAGCCGUGGUUACAACAAGCUCGCUCAGAUUGUUUCUGGGAAUUGUUUAACCGGAAUUAGCAUUGCCUGGUGGAAAUGGACUCACAAUGCACACCACAUUGCCUGCAACAGCCUGGAUUACGACCCUGAUCUUCAGCACAUUCCAGUCCUUGCAGUAUCUUCACGUUUCUUCGAUUCAAUGACGUCUUACUUUUAUGGAAGGAAGUUGAAGUUUGAUCCUUUUGCAAGGUUCCUGAUCAGUUACCAGCAUUGGACAUUUUAUCCUGUUAUGUGUGUGGCAAGGGUCAACUUGUAUCUACAAACAUUCUUGCUAUUGUUUUCAAAUCGGAAAGUCCCAGAUAGAGCUUUGAAUAUAAUGGGGAUCCUUAUAUUCUGGACUUGGUUCCCUCUCCUGGUUUCAUGUCUACCAAAUUGGCCAGAGAGGAUCAUGUUUGUUCUUGCCAGCUUUGCUGUUACAUCCAUUCAACAUGUUCAAUUCUGUUUGAACCAUUUCGCAGCAAAUGUAUAUGUUGGACCUCCAAAUGGCAAUGACUGGUUCGAGAAGCAGACAGGUGGAACAUUGGAUAUUUCCUGCUCUUCCUGGAUGGAUUGGUUCUUUGGUGGUCUGCAGUUCCAGCUAGAGCACCAUUUGUUCCCGAGGUUGCCCCGAUGCCAAUUGAGGAAGGUUUCUCCGAUAGUGAGGGAUCUCUGCAAGAAGCACAACUUGCCUUACAGGAGUCUGUCUUUCUGGGAGGCCAAUCGAUGGACUAUUAGGACUCUCAGAACUGCAGCCCUGCAGGCCCGGGACCUGACCAACCCUGUUCCUAAGAAUUUGUUGUGGGAAGCUGUUAACACUCAUGGCUGAGGAUCUGUUUCUUUCUUGGCCUGGCGUAUUUUUCUCGGGGUAUCGAAAUUCAAUUUCUUUUGUGUCCAGUGUUUAGGAUGAAACAUAGGUUGCUUCUUAGCACAAUCAGAGUUUUAUCGUUUAUCUGCUCUUCUCUUCUUUCAUAUACGAUUCAGAUAUUCUUGAAUUCUUUGCUGGUCUAUUUUUCUGUUAAUCUCAAUGAGCAAAGGGCGUUUUUAACCUCUCUCCUUUUGCUUUUGGCUUGA